AUGGGGAAACUCCAACGUCUUGAACUUUUCAAUUUCAAGUCCUAUAAGGGUCACCAUGUUCUCCUGUUUGGGGAUUCAUAUUUCACUUCUAUAAUUGGUCCUAAUGGCUCCGGCAAAUCGAAUUCUAUGGACGCGAUUUCUUUCGUUCUGGGCAUCAAAUCAUCCCAUUUACGAUCUGCACAAUUACGGGAUCUCGUAUACCGCGGAAGAGUGUUGAAAACCUCGAAAAUCAACGAUGAUGGAUCCGCGGUUGACCCAGCUGCGAAUGGACAUGCGAAUGGAGAUGGAGAAGGUUCAGAUGAGGAAUCGCAGUCUCAGAAACCGGCGCGCAAUGAUCCCAAAAGCGCAUGGGUUAUGGCUGUUUACGAGGAUGACCAGGGCGAGGAACAAAAAUGGAAGCGUUCAAUCACAAACCAAGGUGCCAGUGAAUAUCGUAUCAAUGACCGUGUCGUCACCGCACAAGCAUACAAUGACGCCCUAGAAUCCGAAAAUAUCCUAAUCAAGGCUCGAAACUUUUUGGUUUUCCAAGGAGAUGUCGAAGCUAUUGCGUCGCAAUCACCGAAAGACUUGACCCGCCUCAUUGAACAAAUAUCGGGCAGUCUGGAAUACAAAGCAGAAUAUGAAAGAUUGCAGGAUGAGGCGGAGAAAGCAGCAGAUGAGCAAAAUUAUAGCCUCCAUCGUAGACGUGGCAUCAAUUCCGAAAUCAAGCAGUAUCAAGAGCAAAAGAAAGAAGCUGAAGCUUUCCAGAAAAAAGUUGUGGAAAAGGAUGAGGCCAUUGUCGAACAAAUCCUAUGGAAAUUGUACCAUUUUCAACGAGUCAUGGACGAGUCCAGCGCUAGCAUUCAAGAACAUCAGGAAAAUUUGAAGGAGUACCGCCGUGGCGUGGAAAAGUAUCAGAGUAACCUGGACGCAGCGAGAGCAGAACAGGCUAAAGUUAGUAAGGAUGCCAGCAGGAUAGAGCGAAACAUCAAGCGGAAGGAAAAGGAUAUUGAGGAGAAGGAAGUUCAUUUGGUACCAUUUGAUGAGAAAAUCAGAACUGUCACAUCUGAAAUCGAAAUUUUGAGAAGGAAGGCGGCCCUCGUCAAAGGAGACCGGGACGACAAGUCUAAGGAUAUUGCGAAGCUCAAAAAAGACCUUGCAUUGGUUGAGAAGGCACAGAAACAAUUCGAGGUCCAGUGGCAGGAAACCCUCAAAAAACAGGGGAAACAGUUGAGCGACGACGAUUUCAAGGAGUACCAGAAGCUCAAGUCAGAAGUCGUCAAGAAGACAUCAGAGGACCAAGCCAAACUAGAUAAUCUAGUUCGUCAACUGAAAACAGACGAAGUAACGGCGAAUAGCUUGAAAGGCAAGAUGGAGGCUGCGCAGGCUUCGGUGGAUAAGCUUCAGAGUGAGCUAGACACCAGCGUAAGACGAAGAGACAAUCUCAAGGAAUCAAUUGCAGAGACAACCAGGGAUAGGAAUGCCAAGAAAAAAGAGCAUAACUCCCUUCAGUCGGAGCGUGUCCGUUACAACCAAUUGAAAACUGACCUUGAAGAGAAACUCCAGGAAAUUUACAAACAGAUUAGGGAGGGUGAAUAUGGUCGAAGAGAGAGCGAAAAGGAAAGAAGGGUCAAGGAAACCAUAACUGAAAUCAAACGAAUAUUUCCCGGGGUGAAAGGGCGCAUUGGCGACCUUUGCAAGCCAAAGCAGAAGAAAUUCGAAGAAGCAGUAAGCACGGCUCUUGGCCGGGACUUUGACUCCAUCGUUGUCGACACCGAGAAGACUGGCACUGAGUGCGUCCAAUACUUGAAAGAUGGCAAAAAGCCACCAAUGACUUUCAUUCCUUUAGAUAAUAUCAAGGUCAACGCAACAAACUCUUCGUUGAAAGGAUUAGCUAAAGCUCGAUUGACUAUUGAUACGAUUGAUUUUGACUCAUCUGUCGAAAGAGCUAUGUCUUACGCAUGUGGAAGCUCAAUUGUCUGUGAUGAUAUUGCAACGGCCAAGGACAUUUGUUACCGGAAGAAGCUCCAAGUGAAGGCUGUCACUCUGGAUGGUGUUAUGAUCGCCAAAGCUGGUAAUAUCACUGGUGGUCGUGUUCCUGACGGUCGUGGUAACAAACGCGCAUUCGGUGACGCCGAGAUGGAUAAGCUCAAGGCUAUGGCCGAGAAAUACGACCGUGAGAUCAGGGCUCUCGAUGCCAGUAAGAAAAGAACGGGAGAGGAGGAACAGUUGGCGAACGCCAUCAACAAUUUAAACCAAAAAGCUACUUAUGAGCAGACUGAAUUGGCCGAAUUUGAGAAGAACAUUGCCAGCGAACAAAAAAAGCUAAAACAUGAAAAAAGCCAGUUAGAGGAAGUGGGGCCCAAGUACGAAGAAAAGAGAGCUGAAGUUGAAAAGCUCCGGCGAAAGGUGGAGGAGUUUCAACGAGCUAUCGCAAAGGUUGCGGACAAAAUCUUCGCCGAUUUCUGCAAGAGAACGGAAUACGCAAAUAUCAGAGACUAUGAAGCCCAGCAAGGCAGCCUCGAGCAAGAAGCUUUGGAGAAAAAGAAUGAGUUCGAGAAACAAAAACAAACGUUGAAAAGCCAGGUGACCUGGGAAGACAAUUAUCUGGCGGAUAUCAAGAACCGUCUGGCCGACCUUGAGAAUAACGUUGAAAAGCUGGGAUCCGAUAUUGAGGAGUAUGAGGCAGAAAAAGAAACACUUGCACAGGCAAUCGAUGUGGACCGAGCAGCCGUUACAGAGUUCGAGGAUGCCCUUCAGAAACAAAAAGAAAAGCUCGCGGCUAAGACUGAUAAAGUCAACGUCGCAAGGCACGACCUCCAAAAGGCGAGCAAGGGAAUUGAUGAGCGUACAAAAUCUAUCACGACUCUGGAGACAGUAGCUCAACGGACUAGCGCGAAUCGAUAUGCUCUGUUGCGACGCUGCAAGAUGGAACAAAUAGCCAUUCCAUUAGCAGCAGGGUCGAAAUCUUUGGAUAGUCUCCCUGCGAACGAAAGCUUGCAACAAGAGGAUCCCGACGCCAUGGAUGUUGAUGAAGGUGACCAAGUUCCUGAAGAGAUGAUCAAUGAUUAUGGCAUAUGUGUGGAUUUUGAUAAGCUUGGUGAUGAGCUGAAAAACCCCGAUGAUGAAGAAGUUGAGGAGCAACUGCAAGAGAAGAUUUCUAACCUCAACUCAGAACUUGAGAAACUCAAUCCUAACAUGCGCGCGAUCGAGCGACUGGAUGUUGUCGAGACACGCCUUAGAGAUACUGACAAAGACUUCACCGCCGCUCGCGACGCUGCAAAAGCUACUCGUGAUGCUUUCAACGAAAUCAAAGAGAAACGAUAUGAUCGCUUCAACAAAGCUUUCGCACAUAUUUCCGACCAGAUCUCUCACGUUUACAAAGAUCUGACACGCUCAGCUACUUUCCCUCUGGGCGGUCAGGCGUAUCUUGACAUUGAAGACAGCGAUGCACCGUAUCUCUCUGGAAUCAAAUACCAUGCCAUGCCACCACUCAAACGUUUCCGUGACAUGGAACAUCUAUCGGGUGGUGAGAAGACUAUGGCAGCCUUGGCCUUAUUGUUCGCAGUUCAUAGUUAUCAACCUUCUCCAUUUUUUGUUUUAGAUGAAGUUGAUGCUGCUCUUGAUAACGCAAACGUGGAGAAAAUUAGAAAUUAUAUCAAGGAGCACGCAGGGCCUGGAAUGCAAUUUAUCGUCAUUAGUUUAAAGACGGGAUUGUUUCAGGGAAGUGAGAGUUUGGUUGGUGUUUUCAGAGAUCAGGAGGUCAAUAGCUCGAAAACUUUGACGCUUGAUUUGCGCAAAUAUGCAUGA